CUUGUUGCGAGGGAGACCACAUACGAAGCGGACGGACAAGAUGGCAUCGAAGCGCGACCCGAUUCUGGACUUGGCCAAGUUCAUCGACCAGAGCGUGCGCAUCAAGUUCGCCGGCGGCCGCGAAGUCACGGGCGUCCUCAAGGGCUACGACCAGCUCGUGAACCUCGUGCUCGACGAGGCCGUCGAGUACUUCGAGACGCCUGGCGAGACGCGCAACCUCGGUCUCCUCGUCUGCCGAGGGACAUCGGUCAUGCUCAUCUCGCCCGUCGAUGGCACGCAAGAGCUCUAUUCGAACCCGUUCCUGCCCGAAGAGUAGGCGUGCACUUCUACGUCGACCACGCAUGGAAUCCACGCUCGUGCUACAUCAUCUGCGCUACCCAGAAAAGCCACAGCCUAAAUAGAACACGACGUGUAUUGAGCUA